CGUCGUCGUCGUCGUCGUCGUCGUUGACAUAGCCCCCUGCUUUUCCUUCCGUCUCCACAGCCAUUUUGGCCCAAGUCGCUGCAGCAUUGCCUAAGGCGCCCUGUAGUGCUUCCGUGCCCCUCUUGCGCAAGAGCAGGACGCAGGGUGCAUGGCGACGGUGGAGGAUCGCUUGGCCGCGGUGGAGGCGCAGCUGGCGGCGCUGUCGGCCAGCGCGGGCGACGCAGAGGCUGGUGGCAAGAAGCCUGGCUCUGCGGGCAGCAGCGACGCACAGAUUCUGAAGAAGGUGUCGACGAGGUUGCAGGACUUCGAGGCCCAGCUCACGGCCCAGCUGAGCAACAUGCAGAGCGACUUUGACAAGAAGCUCUCGCACGUGAGUCGCGGCGCCUCCUCGAUGAAACCGCUCGACGCGGGCGGGCAGUCCGCGGGCAUGGACACCAUGGCCGAGGACUUGGACCAGCUCAAAUUCGACGUUGGUGAGCUCAAAGAUCUCCUGAACAACAACAAGGGCGAGGUCAACCACGUCCGCCGCAUCGUGCUGGCUUGCGAGCGCGACAUGGAGGACUUCACUGCUGCCAUGGAUGCUGUCAACGUCGACUUGGACGAGAUGCGUGCGCGCGUGGAUGCCACGCACUCCAUCAUUACAAGCCGCCAGCGCGUGGAGGCCACCAUGACAGCUGAGAUCUCCACCAUGAGGCUGGACAUCGGUGACAUUCAGGAAGCCCUCAAGAACCAUGACUCUUGGAUGGAGGAUGUUUCAAACACCCUGCAGCAGAUGCAGGAGAAGGAGGAGAACUUAACGGAGGACAUCAUCAACCUGAAGAACGAGAUGAACACCAAGCUCGACACGAAGGUGGACAACGUGGCCUGGAAGGAGGCUAACGACGACCUGGACGCGGCGGUCAAGACCGUGAGAGACAUGGUCUCCUCCCUGCGACUCGACGUGGACGCGCGUCGCCGGAAGGUGGACGAGAUUCUCGCAACGAUCAGGCACGAUAUUACGGCCGUCGAGACCAACCUGGAGGAGUCGAAGGCGAAGAUCACGAGCGACACCGACCAGGCCGUGAACGCGCUCAACGGCAGGAUCGAUUUCACCAACAAGGAUCUGGCAGCCACCCAGGAGAGCCUGCACACCACGCAGAACUCGCUCAGUGACUGCUUCAACGAGGUGGCCGUGGUCAGGAGCGACCUGGAGCGCAACGUGGCCGACACCGAGGCCCGCCUCAAGAACGACGUGCGUCAGAAGCAGCAGGAGGCUUUCGAGAAGAUCGCGUCGGUGGAGCAGCAGGCCGAGCUCCGCAGCGCCGAGGCCUCGCGCCGCCUUGGCGCGCUGGACCUGCGCAUGAGCGGCGUGCAGGGUGGCCUCGGGGAGCACAAGCGCGACAUUCUGAAGCUGCGCGAGGAGGUCAACGGCCUCACUGUCAAGAGCGCGUCCCACGAGGUGGACAUCCAGAAAAACAGCGACGCCAUGCGCAAGAUGGAGAAGCAGCGCAACAUGGACGAGCAGAACUGGAAGGCGCAGAUGGACGCCGUCCACGAUGUGCUGGACACCAAGGUGAACGAGAAGCCGUUCGAGGACCUCAAGCACUGCACGGCCUCGCUCACCAAGGGCGUGGUCAAGUUCGCGCAGGUCGUCGGCGUCUUCCCCGGCCCCAAGUUCGACGACGCGGAUGGCGGCGACCAGGGCGAGGCGGACGUCGAGCUGCUGGGCUGGGAGGAGUGCGCGGAGAACAUGUCCUUCCGCGUGGACAAGGCGUGGCGCCAGAGGUGCUCGCAGCGCUUCCGCAACGUGCUGGACAUGGUUGCCAAGAAGGCGGACCACAGCGUGCUGCGCCUGCUGCAGAUCUCCCAGCAGCACAGCCGGGAGGUCGCAGCUGGAGCGCGUCAAGCACGAGCGCGAGCUGUGGAAGGAGGUGGUGGAGCGCCGCCAGCAGCAGCCGAUGCAGCUGGCACUGGGCGACUCCGGCGGCGCGGGCAGCCCCCCCAGCGCCCGGGCGCUGCGCGGCUGAGGGCGGGCCCGGCGCUCCCGGCGCUCCGCUUUCUGCGCCCGCCGACCUCACGGGGCGGUGCGGGCGGACUGGAGCCUCACCCUUGCGGGCUCCAGUGCCGACAGGACUCCAGGCGAGGAGGAGGCACCCACACCGCUGCCCUGCGCGCCCGGUCUUCCCCUUUCUCGGUCCUUCUGGGGGGCCCUCGUCGCCACCGCUGGGACCCGCCUCGGAAUCCCGAUCAGAAGGCACACCGGGAGAGGUCCGGGGAGUGGCGGUAUGGGUAGUUUCUCCAGGAACCUCACCCUUGCGGGCUCCAGCUCCGACGA